AUGAAACCGAACGAAAUUCAAUUCAAUCAACUUCGAAAUAUUAUCGAUUAUGUUCAAGUUUUUGAUAACAUUGAUAUCUGCAAUAAAUAUAUUGAACAAAUUACAGAUGAUCAUCAAAUCUAUAUUGUUACCAACAUUCAAUAUAAUUCAAAUAAAGCACAAAUGUAUACUUAUGAAAAUAAUUUUAAUGAAAUUAUUGACUCGAUCGAUACUGAUCAUAACACUCGAAUAAAUCCAUUGAGUAUUAAUAUAUUCAAACAGUCGACACAUUCACAAUUAAAUAGUGAAUUUUUAUGGUUUCAACGUAUUCUUGCUGUGCUAUUAGAUAAUGAUGAUCGUGAAAAAGCAAAAAAGAAUUUUAUUGAUUCGUAUAAAAAAUAUUUUGAAGGUAAUCAACGAAAAGAAGAAAAAAUUCAAUUAUUUGAAAAUACUUAUCGAUCUGAAAAUGCACUUCAAUGGUAUAGUCGAGAAUGUUUCUUUUAUGAUAUAUUAAAUAAAGCCUUAAGAACUCAAGAUAUCGAUGUUUUAUAUUCACUUCGAUUCUUUUUAAAAGAUAUGUAUGAACAACUAAAAAUCGAAUAUAAUAAAACAUGUCAUGAAGUCGACUUAUUUACUUAUCGUGGUCAAAUUAUUUCAUUGAUCGAAUUAGAAAAUAUCAAACAAAAUAUUGGUCAAUUAAUAUCAUUAAAUAGUUUUAUAUCAACAACUAUAAAUGAACAAAUAGCAGAAGCUUUUAGUUCAAGUGGAAAUAUAUUCGAAGGAGAACAGGUAUUAUUUCAUAUAAAAGUGAACAAAAAUCGAACCAAUUCAAAACCAUUUGCUGAUAUUUCUCAUCUAAGCCAAUUCAUAGAUGAAAAAGAAAUUUUAUUCAUGGCUGGAUCGAUAUUUGAAAUAAAAGCUGUUACUUUUUCUGAUUCUAUUCACAUGUGGACAAUUGAACUUGAAUUGUGUGAUGAUGAUGUUUAUGAAUUGAAUUCUGUUUAUCAAUCGGAGAGAAAUAUAGUGUUUGAUCAACAUUCACCAUUUUCUUUAGCAGCUGUAUUACUUCGAAUGAAUCUAUUUGAUAAAGCUAAAAUAUAUUAUCAACGAUUGUUGGAUGAAGGAUCAAUAAAUGAAAGUUCAUCUAUCGAUCUUAUUGUUAAUUGUUAUUGGGGUUUAGGUAAUGUCAAUCGAAAACAAGGAGAAUAUGAUAUUUCAUUAGCUUAUUACUGUUUAGCAAUUCAACUAUGUUCAGAUCGAUUCGAUCUUUUAAUUCGUAGCUAUAAAUAUAUGAGUCUAGUAUAUCUAGACAUUCAUUCCAUUUCAGAGGCUUUAGAAUAUCAAACAAAAGCAUUAGAAAUUCAAAAGAAAAAAAAUGAUGCUCAAGACCAAAUAGCAGAUACUUUAUAUAAUCUUGGUCUUAUACAUUUUGGUCAACUUGAAGCCAACUUUAGUCAAAUUUUAGAUUAUCUUUUACAAGCAUUAAAUAUUUAUAAAGAACUACAUAUGAAUGAAGAUAUAAUUCGAUGCUAUGACUCACUGGGAGAAGUUUAUUUAAGACAGAAAAAAAAAGAUAUUGCUUUAAAGUAUCAUUUCGAGGCACUGAAAAUGAUUGAUGAACAUUAUCCAACAUAUCUUUCGCAUCGUAUUAAUGCCUAUGAAUUGAUCGGAAAAACAUAUGAUUCAAUGCGUAAUUAUGAACAAGCUUUGAAGUAUUAUAAUGAUGCAUUAAAUGCAAAACUUAAAUAUGAACCGUUAAAUGAUCCGAAUGUUGCCGAUAGUUAUGAACUUAUAGGUGGAGUUUUUCAUAAGAAAGGAGACUAUAUAAAAGCAAUUGAAAUGUAUGAUAAGAGUAUUGAAAUUCGACGAUUUAGACAAUUAGAAUCUCAUCCAGAUGUUCAGUCAAUUAUGUCAUUAAGAAAUUGUCUAAAAAAAACUGUUGAGUAA